AUGCCAUUGUUUCCCCGUCACGUACGGCAUCACACCUGGCCUUAUUGUGGUCCUGCCCCUCGCAGUCAUGAUCGUGAAGAUCGAAGGCUGCGCCAUGCCCCGAGACGCCGAUCCAGUCUGAGGGAUUACUUUCUAUCUCUGGAGGACUCGACUGUGAACCCACUAUAUCGCGAUAUAUUCUAUGAAGAUGAUGCGGCAUCCGCGGGUAUAGUCCGCUCCAAGAGCGCACGAUCGCGUCGACUUUGGUCUAGCCCUGAGGAUGACGAGCAGAUUGUCUCCACCGUCAGCAAGGCAGACGGCACACCUAAAGCUGUACUGAGACGCGUUGUCCUCCCGCGGCUUGACAAAGCACGACACAUGUUUCCCAAGCAUAGCAUAUCUACGCGAGGAAGCGAUGCGGUGGUGAUGGCCUAUAUGGAGGUCCCUGCGCCAACCAAAACUCCGACGAAACCAAGAGACAAGAGGGCGACGCAGAGCAGCACGUCCUUGCAACCUACCCCAGAAAGACAUCAUCGACGAUGUCACUCGGAACAACCUCGGGCAUGGAGAGAACCCAGUGCAAGUCUCUGGACACUGCUGGAGGAGUAG